AUGCCUGAGAAAACGCGUCAGCAACGUUUUCAUGAGGGGCCACCUUUUAUAGAGAUGAGAACGUUCUCUAGCAAUGGAAAUUUAGCCUCAAAUUUAUAUAAUGCGCCGGAAGAGGAGAACGAAAGCAGUUUUCUUUUUGGAUGGCCUUGGCUCGAUAGACAGAUCGCUGACGAUAAUUCACGAAUACAGAAACGGCGUAGUGGCGAGAAUGAAUUGUCAUGGAAUCCCUUAACGCCGGAUUACUUCGUAUACAGUGGCGCAACAAGUGUCUGGAGAUGGUCUGUCACUGUGAUAUUAGCCUUGAUAGUGACUGAAUAUUGA